AUGUUGUGUAAAGAUGAUUAUAAAUUAAUUUAUGAGUUAGUCCCUUCUCUAAUCUCUCUUUCUGAGCACUUUUCGCCUUCGACGUCGCAAAGCUUCUCGACGGAAAUGUCGCUGUCGUUGUCUCUCUCAGGGACGGAUACACUUACCAGCUAUAUUCUUCGCCGGGCUAGAGACUUCCCGAAGACCGGAGAAAGAAACAUUGAAACACUUAAAUUUCUGAAUAGAGCGGAUUGUUCUGAAUCCUCGAUUAGGGAUUUGGUCAAGGACAGUGCCACUUACUCUGCUUAUUUUACUGGUCAUCUUACUGCUUUUAGUUCUUGGAGUAGAGAGGCAGAGGAGAAGGUUCUUGCUGGUGGUAAAGACGUGAUUUUUAAUGAUGUUGCUAUUCUGGAAUCAAGUCCUCAUUGGAAUCUUCAAUCCUUUCAAGGUUAUGAGAUGCAUCGUUCUGAGUGGAGAGAAGAUCUACACAUCAGAUCCAGACUCUCUGAUCCAUCAUCAGCAAUGGCUCGUUGGCUGCUUCAGGUCCUGAUUAUCUCUUCUCUUCAUCUGAUUUCUGUAUCAAGUCAGCAAGAGACAAGGUUUGUCUAUGAAAACUUUCACAACCAAGAAAAUCUUCAUCUAGAUAAAUCUGCAAGAGUACUACCCAGUGGAUUAUUGCAACUGACAAACAUCGCUUCAGAGCAUCAAACCGGUCAUGCUUUCUACAAGAAACCAAUUCAGCUCAGUUCAUCUAGACAGCUCUCUUUCUCAACGCAUUUCGUGUGUGCUCUGGUGCCUAAGCCAGGAGUUGAAGGCGGCCAUGGCAUGGCCUUUAUAGUAUCUCCUUCUAUGGAUUUCUCGCACGGAGAACCAGGUAGAUACUUGGGGCUUUUCAACGUCUCAACAAGUGUAUCUUCUUCCUCUCGCGUUCUUGCUGUUGAGCUUGACACUAUAUGGCACCCAGAUUUCAAAGAUAUCGACAAAAAUCAUGUGGGGAUCGAUGUGAACAGUGCUAUAUCUGUCGCAGCAGCUUCGGCAUCUUACUAUUCUGACAAGAAAGGGAUUAACGAAAGCAUACGCCUCUUGAGCGGAAAGCCUAUACAGGUCUGGGUGGAUUAUGAAGGCAAUUUGCUGAAUGUCUCGAUUGCUCCUCUUCAAGUCCAGAAGCCAAGUCGGCCUCUUUUAUCACAACCAAUCAACCUUUCAGAGAAUUUUCCGAAUAGAUCGAAUCUGUUUGUUGGGUUCUCUGCAGCUACAGGGAAUGCAAUCAGUGAUCAUAAUAUUCUUUGGUGGAGUUUUAGCACAAGCAGAGGAUCACUGCAGCGGCUUGACAUCUCAAAACUUCCUAAAGUUCCUCAUCCUAGAGCUCCACAUAAGAAUCUACCUGCGUGGAUUGUUAUCAUGAUCGUUUGUCUGGCUGUUUUGGUGUUGGCUGUUCUUGCAGGAUUUUAUUUCCGCAGGAGGAAGAAGUAUUCAGAAGUUUCUGAAACAUGGGAAAAGGAGUUUGAUGCGCAUCGAUUCUCUUACAAGUCCUUGUACAAAGCAACAAAAGGGUUCAGCAAGGAUGAAUUCCUCGGAAAAGGAGGUUUUGGUGAAGUCUAUAGAGGAAAUCUUCCUCAAGGCAGAGAAAUAGCAGUGAAGAGAGUGGCCCAUAACGGUGAUGAAGGUGUGAAGCAAUUUGUGGCUGAAGUCGUGAGCAUGAGAUGUCUGAAACACAGGAAUCUUGUUCCGCUUUUCGGGUAUUGCAGGAGAAAGCGCGAACUGCUUCUUGUCUCAGAGUACAUGCCCAACGGUAGUCUUGACGAGCAUUUGUUUGAUGAGACGAAACCGGUUCUGUCUUGGCCACAAAGGCUUGGGGUUGUUAAGGGAAUAGCGUCUGCUCUGUGGUAUUUGCAUACAGGUGCUGACCAAGUUGUUCUGCACCGUGAUGUCAAAGCUUCCAACAUCAUGUUGGACGCCGAGUUCAAUGGUAGGUUAGGGGAUUUUGGCAUGGCCAGGUUUCAUGAACACGGAGGCAAUGCCGCCACAACAGCAGCGGUGGGAACUGUAGGGUACAUGGCGCCGGAGCUAAUCACGAUGGGAGCUUCCACUGGAACUGAUGUUUACGCCUUCGGUGUUUUCAUGCUUGAGGUAACCUGUGGGAGGAGACCUGUGGAACCACAGUUGGAAGUUGAGAAACGACAUAUGAUCAAAUGGGUUUGUGAAUGCUGGAAAAAGGAUUCGUUGCUAGAUGCCACCGACCCGAGACUGAAAGAUGAAUACUUACCGGAGGAAGUCGAGAUGGUUAUGAAACUCGGUUUGCUGUGCUCAAACAUCGUGCCGGAAUCAAGGCCUACGAUGGAACAAGUGGUCCUAUACCUGAACAAAAACCUACCUUUGCCAGAUUUCUCACCAUAUACUCUGGGGAUUGGCACUUUUGCUCCGGUUUUAGUCGAUGCAGCCUCCCUGGUAGUCUCAUCCGCCUCAUGGAGUUGGUCAGCUCCAUCUAUGUCUUCUUCCUCGGCCAACCACUCACCUUAUGCUUGUCAGUCAACAGAUCAACCAUGGGGACAGACAGUGGACACUAAGAACUCUCUUCACAUAGUUUCAGAACCAGAGAAGCCUAAGACUCUCUCAGCCGCUGUCUAAACGGUCACACUGCCUGCAGAAGAUCUUAAGUCCAACCUUUCCAGCCAUCACCGGCCAGAGGUAACUCCUGAUGUAUAUAUACAUAUCAGCAAACAGAUCUCAGUGGCUCUCAAGAUUGUUUUAAUCUGUCUCACUUGUCCCAAACAAAAUCAGUUUAUCCCUUUGAAAAAUGUUUAUCCACUUAGUGAUUAUACAAAUAUGUUUUCUCUCUCUGUUACCAAUACUGAAAUGAGAUUUUUCCUCAAUAUGCUCUUUAUAUAUAUGCUUACGUCAGAUACCAAAUGGAUCUCUCUGUUUGAAAGAUGUUUGAUUUAUAUAAGCUGAAACUCUGUUAUGUUUGUG